UUCCCGCCAAGUUUAGAGGCGCCUUACAGUACGCAGCGCCCCACAGAGAGAGGCCAGGCAGGCGGUGCUGUAUUAGAUGGCAUUUGUUCUUUGUGUUGUCUGACAGCUUGUUUUAUUUGGCCACAGUGAAUAUUAAGAAUAAGACAAGAUGUAUGUCAAGGUGCGAACAAUGGAUGGCAGCCAGACUGCUGUGGUGACCAUAUCAAAGCUGACGAGUGUCAAGGACUUUCGCUUCAUGGUGGAGGAGAAGCUGGGGAUAGGAGUUGACAGACAACGAUUGUUUUACCGCGGCAAACAGAUGGAAGAUGGCUACAGCAUGUUUGACUACAACAUCAACAUUAAUAAUGUAAUUCAGCUGAUGGUGAAGCCAGUGUUGACAGAAACAAACUCAAACACUAGUAAUAAGCCUUCUAGUGUGAAGAAAGACUCUAGUGCUGCUGUAGAUAAAGAAAACUUAGAGAGUAACAAUAAUAAAGAGAAUAAGGCAGCAACCACAAGGCAAGAGAGUGAAUACUAUAGAGUUGGAGACCUGGUUGAUGCAAAGUUCCUCUAUGAUGGAACAUGGUGGGAGGGAAGAAUUGUUAAGAUAACAGAUAAACAGAAAGUCAAACAACCUUCUGCUGAAGAUGAUGGCUUCCUUUACCAUGUUGUUUUUGAGGGGUAUGAUGAAGACUCUCCUUCGGAAAUGUUACUAAAACAUAUCCGGCCCCGUGCUCAUAUGAAAAUUGAAUUUGAAGAUGUCAAUCCUGGUGAUGUGGUCAUGGUUAACUAUAAUAUGGAAGAUCCUGAGGAAAGGGGACACUGGUUUGACUGUAAAGUAAACAGAAUCAUAAAUACAAGAACCCAGAAAGAAUUGGUUGCUACAGUUUACUGUGGAGCUGAAUCUACUCCUUUAGAAAACUGUCACAUACAUCUUGUGAAUGAACUUUUUGCUGUGGAGAAGAACAUAAGAUUGGACAAACGCACUGAGGAAAUUGAUAGGCUUGUCACAGAAGGUUCGCCCUCAAAAAGAAAAAGUGCUCCCAGCUGCUCAUCUUGUAAGGAUAUUCCCAAAAGCAAGUGUAAGGAGUGUGGCUGCAAUGAGUGUGGUGGGAAGGAGAACCCGGAGAAGCAGCUCAUGUGUGAUGAAUGUGACAUGCCUUUUCACAUUUAUUGUCUCACACCACCAAUGGAAAGCAUACCUGAUGUAGAUGAAUGGUUCUGUCCACUGUGUAAGAAUGAUGACAGUGAGAUUGUUAAGGCUGGUGAGAAGUUGAAGGAGAGUAAGAAGAAAGCAAAAAUGGCGUCUUCUAAGAGCAACACGUCACGUGACUGGGGAAAAGGUUUUGCGUGUGCAGGAAGGCAGAAAGUGUGCACCCUCGUUCCACAAAAUCAUUUUGGCCCUGUGCCUGGUGUUGAAGUGGGUACUUUGUGGAAAUUUAGACUACAGGUUUCAGAAGCUGGUAUACAUCGCCCACAUGUUGCUGGCAUCCACGGACGUGAACAUGAAGGUGCAUACAGCAUAGUGCUAUCUGGUGGCUACGAGGAUGAUGAAGAUAAUGGGGACUCCUUCACAUACACUGGCUCAGGGGGUAGGGACCUCUCUGGCAACAAGAGAACAGCUGAACAGUCAUGUGACCAGCAACUGACUAGGAUGAACAGAGCUCUUGCAUUAAACUGCAAUACUCCAGUAAAUAAGAAUGGAGCAGAAGCUACAGACUGGAAGGGGGGCAAACCUGUGCGUGUGGUCAGAAAUGCCAAGGGCCGAAAACAUUCAAAAUAUGCACCAGAGGAAGGGAACAGGUAUGAUGGCAUUUACAAAAUAGUUAAGUAUUGGCAAGACACUGGCAAGAGUGGCUUCAAAGUGUGGAGGUACCUAUUACGUCGUGAUGACCCCAUGCCUGCUCCAUGGACAAAGGAAGGCACAAAGAGAAUACAUGAACUAGAAUUAGAAAUGCAGUACCCUGAUGGUUACCUAGAAGCACAGAAGGAGAAAGAAGAAAAAGCCAAUAAGGAAGACAGUGGGUCAGAUGAUGAAGGUGAUGGUAAAAAAAAGAAAAAUAAAACCAACAAGAGGAAAAAUAGCCUUGAUUUACACACACAGGAAAAUGGCCAUUCUGAAUCCAAGAAAAGGAAAAGUACUGGUUAUGUUCUUGAAAGGGAUAUUAAACUCUUGAUAGGAGAGGAUAAAGGGAACACAAAACUCUGGGAAGAAUGUAAACCCCUGCUAGAAAAAGGACGAUCUCAAUUCCUGAGUGGUGUAGAAGGGAGGUUCUUGUGUGUUUGCUGUCAGGAGCUGGUGAUAAAGCCAGUCACCACAAUGUGUAACCACAAUGUAUGCCAGACUUGCUUACAACGUUCCUUUAAGGCUGAAGUGUUCACCUGUCCAGCCUGUAGGUAUGACUUGGGGAAAGGUUACAAGAUGGACAUAAAUAAGUCCCUGAGUAAUUGCCUUAUAAAACUUUUCCCAGGGUACGAUGUAGCACGCUAAGGCCCCUUCCAGCCCCUAGGUUUAGUGAAGUAAUAAUGGUGUGAUCCUACAGAUGUUUAUCCCCUCUGUAGUGACUGAUUGUCCCACCCAUGACAAAUGUUCAUUAUUUGGUAACUGAAAAUUUAAAGUUAAAUAUCUUCAUUGCUUUGUACACAUACUCUCUCUCUUCAGUUUAGUACCAAAAGCUGUUUAGUUAUGCAAAAUAAGGAUGUACCAUUCUCUAUAUGCAAUCAUUAUUGAUUCACGGAAUUUAUAUUUUUAGAAAAUUUGAAGAUUUUUUAUUUAUUUUUUAUUUUUCCCAGGUUAUAUGAGUUGUGUUAUAGUUGUUGAAAGCCUUAUUUUUUAUUUUUAACUCCAAUGAGCUAUGUAAUGAAACUUACACCUAAGUUUUUCACUUUAAUCACACUAGUUUAGCUUUAUGUACCUCUAAGCCUGUAUAUCCCGUGUUUAUCUGCAUCUUUGAUCUUACUCGACACGAUAGCCAGCUUGUUGGUGGCUUUACGAUAUACAUGUUCAGAGCUGUUGUAGAUAUAGGUUAGCUGCUCCAUAACAAUGUGCUGUAAUUGAUUAGCUAAUCAUUGAAAGCUUAGAACAUUAUCUUUACCUUUUCCUCUUUUUAAAAGAUUCGUUUAUGUUAUUUCCACAUUUAAAAAUAACACUGGUCAGGUACACAGUUAGGGGAAAGCAUAUACAGUUUGAAAUUUAGCCUUUUGAUAUUGUCAUAAAGGCCAGUGCAGGGGUAAUUGGCACUGUAGAUGAACCAAGACAAAGACACACACACACAUCAUAGUUUUAUGGCCAUUUUUCUAACUUGCAAGGGUUAGCUGUGAUUACCUGAUGGCAGCUGUUGAGUAAAACCAAAAUGGCAUAUCUACCCCAUCCACUCACCAACACAAACUCAGGGCACCAGCCUAGAAAAUAUUGCAGAGACCAGGGGAUGGGCACAAAAGAGGGUCGUAUCUGUGAGGUAAUCAAAGACUACCCACCUACCCAACACUUCUAAUAUAAUGGGAUUAAACAUUGAAUGUACUGCAUAUUUUAACGAAUUAAAUUGUUUUAAGUAGUCAAGAAUAUUAAUUUUACUUGGUUCACAAUGCAGUACCGUAAAUAUAAUAAAAAAAGAUAGAUACAUAUACCUCGCAAACAAAUAGAGCAUUUUCCCACAAAUUCCUACUUACUCUGAAAUAACUUUACAUUCCCAACCCCUCUAUAGUCUUACAUCCCCAGGUGGCCAUACCCCUAAACAACCUUUCAACACAAGUGUCAUAAACACCACAAGGCACACACUCCAAACCAAACAUUACCAUACACAUUCUCCCUCCCCACACAUACACACACUUGCUCCCCCUAUACAUAUCCUUGCACUCUUCCCUUGAGGUGCAUAAGGGCCCUAUGCUCUCCUGCAAUAUAACAACUAUCAUUCCCCAAAACCCAUAUGCAUUCCACCUUUAUACAUUCACAGACUUCAAUAACACUCCAAUAACUUUUACGCACCUGAAUCCUGGGUUCCUUACACACAUUCCUACACCGGGUCAUGCCUAAGAUCAUCUAGUGGGAGCACCGACCCUGACUGUCUUGUGCAGAAGCUUUUAUGACACUUAAAGGAAGUCUCAUAGAACACUAGCUGCAAGACUGAAAAUGUAUGCCAAAGAUUUUAUAUAUAUAUUGGACUAGAUAAAAUAAAUGAAAAACUUGCUAUUAUCCGAGGUAAAAGCAAAUGUACUAGAACAGCAAGGUGACCGUGAUAAAAUAGGAGUAGUAAGUGUCAGGAGAAGGGAGCAAGACCCCUCCCCCCCUAUUUUUUAAGUGCAGUAGAUGUAAGAAUAGUGCCACAAUUAGUUAGUAACACAUCAUAAAACUAUAAAUAUAAAAUACAGUAGUUUUAGGCUGUAGGAAAAAUUAUGGAAAUGUUGAUGAGGUCCAUAUAGAUUUUUGUUUAAGAAGGAAUGAGAUAUCUCAAACUUGCUGAUUUUCUCUUCUGGUAGUACAGUACUGUACAGUAGUAUUACCAAUGUGCUUGAGACCAGUAAGUCUAUUGACAAACAAAACCGCAGUUGUACUUCAUUUACACUAACAUUUAUCCCUUAUUUGAACUAAUGUAAUCAAUGAAAAUCCAAUUUUAGAUUCAUCACAAUUGCCAAGAAGAAAUUGUUUUCUAGGGUAAUGGAUACGUGUUGUGGAAAUUAGGCCCAACUUUAAAGAAAUUUUUUUAGUUAAGUUUUAAUGUCAAUUUCCAUCUUUUAGUUUGGGUGUCAUUUCUGCAGUUAUUACUCAUGUUAUGAGCGAUAUUUCUAAUAACUGUGCUGUAAAGUUUCACAUUACAAAGGAGAAUUUCAGUGAUCCCAUUGGCGAGUGUUAUGAAUAUAUUUUUAAUGUAAUUAAAAAUAUAAAUACUGCAUUUGAUGUCAUGCCUCUAUGCAUGCCAUCUUAAACACUCAUACACUUACAAGGGUUUCAAAUAGUUGGACCUCUCAAGUUCAGAGUGGAGAAAAUCCACUUAAUUUUGUCAAUGCUUUUACACCUUGUUCUUAAUCUAAGUGUAACAUGUAAUCAAUGGUGAGGGAUUUUUACCAAGACUCAACCCAAGUUUAGUUGAGUUUGAUUUGGAUGUGAUACUCUGCCAACCCCCAACCCCCAUCCUGAGAUAAGGCCUGUUUUUUGUUUGUGUUUGGAAAUGUUAAAUGUCUAUAUUUGUUCAUUAUUGUAUUAUCAUAGAAAUAAAAGUUAUUUCCAAUGUG